AAGCUCAUGCCUUACCCUAGAGCCGUCCUGCUUCAGCCGAAGUUCAUUUGCAUAGCAGAGAGCUUCAACAAUGGCAGAAAAUCAAUCCAUAGCAAGAACUUUCCCGGUGAAGCCCAAAUUAAAACCCACUUCAGCAAAUUCCACUACCCCAACCCCUGAAUCCAAGUAUUGGAGAUCAUUCAAAACCCCUAAAGACCUUCAAUCCCAAACCCUAGUUUCUGCAAUCACCUCCCUAUCAGUUUCCCCGAUAUCCCCUCACGAUUUCGCCGCCACACAUUCUGCCACUGUUUCCAUUUUCUCCGGCCAAACUCUCGAACCCAAAACCACCAUAUCCUCCGCCUUCAAAGACACAGUCACCUCCGCUUCAUUCCGUUCCGAUGGAUGUCUCAUCGCCGCCGGUGACCUUUCAGGCGCCGUUCAGGUUCUUGACCUUAAAUCCCGUGUCCCUCUCCGUCGUCUUCGCGGCCAUACCCGACCCGUUCGUGUUGUCCGUUACCCACGCGCCGAUAAGCUCCACCUGCUCUCCGGUGGUGAUGAUGCUGUUGUUAAGUACUGGGAUAUUACUACUGAGUCCAAAAUUUACGAUCUUUUGGGGCAUAAGGAUUAUGUGAGGUGUGGCGAUGCUUCACCGGUUAGUGAUGAUAUGUUUGUUUCGGGUUCUUAUGAUCAUACGGUGAAAGUUUGGGAUGUUAGGGUUUUGAAUUCGGGUUCUGUGAUGGAGUUUGAUCAUGGGAAGCCUGUUGAGGAUGUGAUUUACUUGCCAUCCGGUGGGUUAGUUGCUACUGCUGGUGCGAAUUCUGUGAAGAUUUGGGAUGUUCUUGGAGGUGGGAAGUUGUUAUAUACAAUGGAGAGUCAUAACAAGACUGUUACUUCGAUUUGUGUUGGUAAAAUUGGGAAGGAGAGUGGCGAGGAGGCCCAGCAGUAUCGGAUUUUGAGUGUGUCUUUGGAUGGAUAUAUGAAGGUUUUUGAUUAUGCUAAGUUCAGGAUUACUCAUUCGAUGAGGUUUCCUAAUCCUUUAAUGUCUGUUGGGUUUUCCCCGGAUUGUUCUACGAGGGUGAUUGGGGCGUCGAAUGGGACAAUGUAUAUUGGUAGGAGAAAGGUGAAGGAUAGUGAAAGUUUGGAACUUGGGGGUUUUGGGGGUGGAUUUGCUCCGCUGGAGGAGCCUCAGAGGCGGGUGUUGAGGCCAUCUUAUUUCAGGUAUUUUCAGCGGGGGCAGAAUGAGAAGCCAUCCGAAUGGGAUUACUUGAUUAAGAAGCCUAAGAAGAUUAAGGUGGCGGAACAUGAUAAGUUGUUGAAGAAAUUUAUGCAUAAGGAGGCUUUGGUAGCUGCUUUGAGUGGGAAGAACCCGGAAAAUGUGGUUGCUGUGAUGGAGGAAUUGGUUGCUCGGAAGAAGUUGUUGCGAUGUGUGUCAAACUUGGAAACUGAGGAACUUGGUUUGCUUCUGAGGUUUCUGCAGAGGUACUCCACCAUGCUUAGAUUUUCAAGGUUUUUGAUGGGCUUGACAAAGAAAGUAAUUGAGAUGCGAACUGAAGAUAUUAAGUUUUCAGAUGAACUGAGAGGUCACAUUAGGAAUCUUAAACGAGACGUUGAGGAGGAAAUAAGAGUACAACAGACAUUGCAACAGAUACAGGGAAUUGUAUGUCCUCUGCUCAAGAUUGCUGCAAGGAGAUGAUAAUUUGCUUAUUGUUGCCUGUCGACUAUCUGGCUCAACGUUUUGCCCUUUUUACUGCUAGGAUUUCCUUCAACUGAGUGACUACAAAAAAUUUUGCCAUCACAUUGUAGUAUUCCUUCAAGAAAUUUUGUUUCUUUUAUAUGGGAUUGUCCUUUUACCCAUGAAGAAUACAUGCAGGUCACAGCUUAGGUACAACACUAGUUGAAGGUGGAUAAAGCCAAAAAGUCCUGUGGAAGUGGAAGAAAUCAUUGAUAAUGUCAAGCUCUUAUUGCUUGGACCUCAUUUAUUCUGCCUAAGAUUACCUUUUGUUACACUUCGAGGCCAUUGAUACCCUUUACUUUUUGACAAUGUUUUAAGACUUCCGUUAUACUUUGUUUAAAAGAAUUUUUUUUUUCGUUUC